UUGCUGCGGUUUGAAGGAUACUCUUGAACUCUGUGGAUUUCGUCUUUUUUUUAAAAAGCCUGGCUUUUUUCACCCCCUUGUUCCCCUUGUAUACGGUGUGGAAAUACAGGAAGAAUAAAGAGGUACUGGAAAUAAUGAAAAAAGUCUGCCAAGGCUCUUGAUCAGAGAACUGGAAUCUGAGAAUAAGUCACUAAGCUCAUGUUUUCUCCUGAUCAAGAAAAUCAUCCAUCUAAAACACCAGUAAAAUAUGGUGAACUGAUUGUAUUAGGGUAUAAUGGCUCUCUGCCAAAUGGAGAUCGAGGAAGAAGGAAAAGUAGGUUUGCUUUAUUUAAAAGACCCAAGGCAAAUGGGGUGAAACCCAGCACAGUGCAUAUUGCCUGCACUCCUCAAGCAGCAAAGGCAAUAAGCAACAAGGACCAACAUAGCAUAUCAUAUACCUUGUCUCGGGCCCAGACAGUGGUGGUUGAAUAUACACAUGACAGCAACACUGAUAUGUUUCAGAUUGGCCGGUCAACAGAAAGCCCUAUCGACUUCGUAGUGACAGAUACAGUUCCUGGAAGUCAGAGUAAUUCAGAUACACAGUCUGUACAGAGCACUAUAUCAAGGUUUGCUUGCAGAAUCAUAUGUGAACGGAACCCUCCUUUUACAGCAAGAAUAUACGCUGCAGGAUUUGACUCCUCAAAAAACAUCUUUCUUGGGGAAAAAGCUGCCAAAUGGAAGACAUCCGAUGGACAGAUGGAUGGGUUAACCACAAAUGGAGUUCUUGUUAUGCAUCCGCGCAAUGGGUUUACUGAAGACUCCAAACCAGGGGUGUGGAGGGAGAUAUCUGUGUGUGGGAAUGUGUUCAGCCUCCGUGAAACCAGAUCAGCUCAGCAGAGGGGAAAAAUGGUUGAGAAUGAAACCAACCAACUCCAAGAUGGCUCAUUAAUCGAUCUGUGUGGAGCAACGCUGCUGUGGCGUACUGCCGAGGGCCUUUCACGCACUCCCACGGUGAAGCACUUGGAAGCUCUAAGACAGGAAAUAAAUGCCGCCAGGCCUCAGUGCCCUGUAGGGUUUAACACAUUAGCAUUUCCUAGUAUGAAGAGGAAAGAUGUUGUCGAUGAAAAGCAACCAUGGGUGUAUCUCAACUGUGGCCAUGUACAUGGCUAUCACAACUGGGGAAACAAAGAGGAAAGAGACGGGAAGGAUCGAGAAUGUCCCAUGUGCCGCUCUGUUGGCCCCUAUGUGCCUCUGUGGCUUGGAUGUGAAGCUGGAUUUUAUGUAGAUGCAGGACCUCCAACUCAUGCAUUCAGCCCCUGUGGACACGUGUGCUCAGAAAAAACAACUGCAUAUUGGUCCCAAAUUCCUCUUCCUCAUGGUACUCACACUUUUCAUGCAGCCUGUCCAUUCUGUGCACAUCAGCUGGCUGGCGAACAGGGUUACAUCAGACUCAUUUUCCAAGGGCCUCUUGACUAAUACACGUGUCACCAAGGACUUCAUUAAAUUUAUAAGCUAAGCAAUUCCGAUUUUAAACAAACUGUCUAUUUCAUAUUCUCUGGGCUUUGACAGCUUGCAUUAAAAUGAAGAUCUCUUUUGUUUUGUUACAGCAGCUAAAUCCCUUUCUAGAUGAAGAAAAGCCUGGAAGCAACAAGAUAGAUUAUGAGGGGGAAAGGGAAAGUUCCCAUCGUUGUUUAGUGUCUGUUUUUGGAGAGGGGAAGGGAAUUUAUGCAUAGUGAAAUUCAAUGCCUUCAAUUUAAUAUUUUUGAAUGACAUGCCCUUGGUGUUCAAAAGUUGCUUUUUUGUAUAACUGAGGAUAAAUAUGGUCAGUUCAAAGGACAUUAGUUUACAGCUUGGAUGCAAACAUUGUAAAAUAUAGCAACAUGUAUAUUAACUUUUUCUAUUUAUCUUUAUUAUUGAAAUUCUUAUGGCAUUUUGAUAGAGGAGCAGCAUGGUAGUGUGUUAAAUCCAUUGACUGGAUGCAUAGACUAGUUCCUGAUGGGGAAGGUUAGAAGAAAACUGUAGAAGUACCUUUUUAAAAUCUAGAGCACUAUUGAGUUCUUAGAGUAACUGAAUGCUUUUUAAACAAAACUAAUGCAGAUUACAUUGGUGUAAAAAUAUGCUUUAACCUCACAAAAGAUCAUCAUGAUGGACUUUUUCAAAUGUCUGUCCAUUGGGUAGGACUAUAAUAAAAGAACUGGUCACAGGAAAACAUUUACCUGAUUCUUUGAAUAUGCAAUUUUAAACUAGGUUAAGGAUUUUUCUCCUUCCGUUAACUACUCUUUUGUUUACCAUUAGCAAUGUUUGAGGUUCUUUUAUUUAUUUAAACAACAAAAAAUGAACAGCCAAGACUCAUCUGUUCUUCACUGUUAGAAAAAAGCUGUGAAUUAGCCAGAAAGCUGAGUGUUCAGUUUAAAGAAAAUUAUUCAUUCUGCUUUUAAUCUAACCCCUUAACCUGUAGGCGGGAUGGGUAGGCGGCACACUGGCUUCAUAUGCUUUGCCUUUCAGCUCCACAGAGCUGAGUACAAAUAUGCAUUUAGGUGACAAGUGAAGACAUUGCAGCCUUGGAGCUACGAUGUUUGCCCACGUCCCCAAAACAUCGUGUAAAUUGGCACAAUUGGCAGUCUGUGCUCAGGAAAAGCUGAGAUUGAGUUGAGUUGUAUUCAUGGCACUUGAAGUGGAGGAAGCUUGCAGAAAAGUUAUUCACACCAUGGCUGAUUUUUAAGUCAGUUUUUAGUCUCUUUCAAUAUCCCUGUCCUCAAAUGCUCCCCUUUCUUUGCCCCUCUACCCCGCCCCCCCGCAACCAAUCCCUUACCAGAAAAGGCCAAUGCAUUACAUGGAGCCUGAGGCUAAUCCACCAUGCUUUGUGACAAAUGUUCAAAUAAUCCUUUUAGGAUCGAGGUAAGCUCUUCUUUUUUUUUAAACUAGCUUUUUAAACUGGUUUCUCUACUUUGGAUUGGAAAUAUAUAUUGUGUAAACUGAUAGUAGCAAAUUCCUGUACUCUGUAGCGUAGCUUUAAUUUAUCCCUAUCUCAAAGCUGUUCUGAACUUUCCUUGGUAAAAACAAACUGAAUUGUGUUCUUUAGAAGUCAUGAAUUAUUUACUUCAACUGUCAAGAAUUCUUUCUCCAUUUAAAAAAAAUAUAUAUAUAUAUUGUUUGGUUCACUCAGGAAAUGUGUGUGUCAGGAAACCUAUAUUACACGUUCAAUUAGCUGUCAUGUAUAAGUAACUGCUGUUACUCCAUUUCAAAGAAAUAUAAUUGAUUUUUGACAUUUUUUCAGGUUUCGUGCAUUAAGUAAUCAGACUUUUAUGCAACAAGGAAUCCCUGUAUUGUAGUUGUUCUAAUCAUUUAUAUUCAGACUAUAUAUACUGUAGUUUAAUUUUUAUUUUCAAAUUAAUUUAUUCAAACUAUGUGAGUAAACACUUUUCAAAAAUAGAAA